AUGGCCGAGGGAGAACCUGUUCCGAACUAUGCUCUUGUUCAAAUGAUGACCGCAAUGAGAGAGGAGCUGAGGAACAUGACUCAACAAAUGGGUAACAUUCGUCAAGAACUUGGAGCAAGAAUAGACCGAGUUGAGGCACAACCAAGGAGAGCCCCAGUUCGAGGAGCACCAAGAAAAUCGGACCCCGAGGCAUACUUGGAUUGGGAGAGACGACUAGAGCACAUAUUUGAGUGCUAUGGCUACGCUGAACGCAAGAAGGUGGCUGUUGCAGCUGCACAGCUCACUGAUAAUGCCUUAGCGUGGUGGGACAGAAACAUUGCCGAGAGAAGAAGGCAACGAUUUGGACCGGUCCCGACUUGGAGCGACAUGAAAUUCCUCCUACGGCUUAGGUAUCUGCCUGAACACUAUCAUAGAGACUUACAAAAGCGUUUUCGUAAAUUGUCUCAGGGAAACAGAAGCGAAGAUGAGUAUUUUGAGGAAUUUGAGAAGCUAAUUAACUCACUGGAGUUAGAAGAAUCGGAGGAGGCCUUAAUGGCCCAGUUCAUUGACGGCUUACAAGAACGAAUUGCAAGAAAGGUGGAGAGAGCCCAAUAUAGUGGACUGCACGAGUUAUUACACCUAGCUGUGCAAGUGGAGCAGCAAAUUAAGCGCAAAACAUCUCUCACCAACCGCAACCGCACGAGCCAGCCCUGGAACGCCAUCAGUUCUAAACCAGUGGACAAGGGCAAAGCCGUGGAGAUUGAAUCAAUAUUCAAAGGCAAAAACACAGAGGCUCCCAAGUUCAACCGAACCGAGCAAGGUAAGUCCUCUAACCCCACCUCAAGAAUUCGUGACAUAAUGUGUUUUAGAUGUCAAGGUAGGGGUCACAUGUCAAGGGAGUGCCCAAACCAGCGAGUCAUGAUCAUUACCCUUAGCGGUGACUAUGAAUCGCAAGAUGAACAAGAAGAUGAGUCUAACGACAUGGAUGAAGAGGUUGAAUAUCCUGAUACUGGUGAACUCUUAGUAACUCGCCGAGUGUUAAGCGUUCUAGUUCACCCUGAGGAAACAGCCCAAAGAGAGAACAUAUUUCAUACUAGAUGCACCGUCAAAAACAAGGUAUGUAACCUUAUCAUAGAUGGUGGUUCAUGUACUAACGUGGCUAGCAAGUAUAUGGUGGACAGGUUAGGUCUUGAGAGAACCAAGCACCCUCGCCCUUACAAGUUAAGGUGGUUAAACGAUCAGACUGAGCUCAAGAUCUCCGAGCAAGUAUUAAUACCUUUUAGCAUCGGCAAAUACCAUGAUCAAGUCACUUGUGACGUGGUGCCAAUGCAAGCAUGA